AUGUCUGGUCGAGCGGGCGGUGAUGCGAAAGAAAUGGAAAUUAGUGGAAAGAUUGCUAUGGAGGCCAUUGAAAACAUCAGGACUGUACAAGCUCUGACACUAGAACAUCGCUUGCAUUAUCAGUUUUGUCGCCACUUGGAUGGACCACAUAAGACAAAUAGAAGAAGAGCAGUAAUGCAGGGUGCUUCAUACGGUUUCGCUAGCAGCACCUUCUUCUUCGUAUACGCAUUAUCGUUCCGUUUUGGCCUGUGGCUCAUCCUCAAUGGCGACAUGCAGCCAAUGAAUGUUUUACGGGUACUCUUCGCCAUUUCGUUCACCGCCACAAGCAUGGGAUUUGCCAGUGCCUACUUCCCCGAAUAUGUUAAGGCAACGUUCGCAGCCGGUUUAAUCUUCAACAUGCUAAAAGAUGAGCCGCGAAUUGACGGAAUGACUGAUAAGGGCAAGAAACCAAAACUCAGUGGAUCUAUCACGCUCCAGAACGUCUUCUUCAAUUAUCCAGAAAGGCCAAGUGUGCCCAUCCUUCAAGGAUUUGACUUUUCUGUGAGUUAUUUGAUCCUUGGGCACAGCCGUCUCGAAAGUCUUCCGGACCUCGCCCCUUUCCAGACUCCUUUCACCGCCUAA